CACCCGCCGGGGAGCGACCCAGGGCUGCCCGGCGGCGUCCCCGGUGGCCACCCCUGAGUUGGCUGCGUGAAACUUUUCGCCGCGAGCUUCAGCUAGGAGCCCGCGCCCUCGCCGCCGCCCCCGCAGGGACCCGCCGCCAGUGGGGAGCGAAGGGGGGGGAGAGGCCCGUGGCUCCCCCCCCGGCCUCCUGUUGGGGCUCAGCCGGGCGAGGCGGCGGGCCCUCCCGGGCGAUGGCCGCGGAGCUGGCGAUGGGCGCUGAGCUGCCCAGCAGCCCGCUGGCCAUCGAGUACGUCAAUGACUUCGACCUGAUGAAGUUCGAGGUGAAGAAGGAGCCGCCCGAGGCCGAGCGCUUCUGCCACCGUCUGCCGCCCGGCUCGCUAUCCUCGACGCCGCUCAGCACGCCCUGCUCCUCCGUGCCCUCCUCGCCCAGCUUCUGCGCGCCCAGCCCGGGCACCGGCGGCGGCGCGGGGGGCGGCGCGGCGCAGGCCGGGGCUGCCCCGGGGCCGGCAAGCGGGGGCCCCGGCGCCGUCGGGGGCGCCUCGGGGAAGCCGGCGCUGGAGGAUCUGUACUGGAUGAGCGGCUACCAGCACCACCUGAACCCCGAGGCGCUCAACUUGACGCCUGAGGACGCGGUGGAGGCGCUCAUCGGCAGCGGCCACCACACCGGGCACCACGGUGCGCACCAUCACCCAGAGGCCGCCGCGGCCUACGAGGCUUUCCGGGGCCAGGGCUAUGCGGGCGGCGGCGGCGCGGACGACAUGGGCGCCGGCCACCACCACGGCACGCACCACGCCGCCCACCACCAUCACCACCACCACCACCACCACGGCGGCGCGGGCCAUGGCGGCGGCGGCACGGGCCACCACGUGCGUCUGGAGGAGCGCUUCUCCGACGACCAGCUGGUGUCCAUGUCCGUGCGCGAGCUAAACAGGCAGCUCCGCGGCUUCAGUAAGGAGGAGGUCAUCCGGCUGAAGCAGAAGCGGCGCACGCUCAAGAACCGCGGCUACGCUCAGUCAUGCCGCUUCAAGCGGGUGCAGCAGCGGCACAUUCUGGAGAGCGAGAAGUGCCAGCUCCAGAGCCAGGUGGAGCAGCUGAAGCUGGAGGUGGGGCGCCUGGCCAAGGAGCGGGACCUGUACAAGGAGAAAUACGAGAAGCUGGCCGGCCGGGGCGGCCCCGGGGGCGCGGGCGGAGCCGGCUUCCCGCGGGAGUCCUCGCCGGGAGUCGGGGCCAAGGGCGCUUCCGACUUCUUCCUGUGAGCACCGGACCCUGAGCCCGCGCCGCCGCCGAGAUGA